UUCGGUUCGUUAACUCAAUCCAUGGAAGUCGUAACGACUCAGUACAGGAAACUCGCCCCUCUUUUGAAUCCUGCGACUCUCUUUCCUUUCCGAAGCUUGGAAUGUGUUGUCUCCUUCUAAGAAGAAGAUGAGAUUCUUUCAGUUUGGACACCUGAGUCAACUCAAUCAACAACAACAACCCCAGUUUAAGCAACUGCAAACGCAGAUGCUGCCACCUCUGCCCAAAUGAACUCAACCGCAAGUUGCGCAACCACUAUCCGUGGUAAGAAGCAAUAGCGGAGAUGGAAAUGCCACAUUACAAGGAGGGCAAUUCAGUUUAAAUACCAAAUCAGCCCGAGUCAACUCGCCCCACCCUCGGUGUCGCCUUGGUGGAGGGACAUUUAAUCAAAUCGGUUUCGCUGGGACAGACAGGAUCAAUUAGAUUCAACCACACUGAUCCUCCCAUGGAUUAAUCGUCUUGGGCCUAUUCCGAUGAGCCAAAUGGAUCAGUCAGGAAACGCUACCUCCAGGCAGUUUGAUCCGACCGAGUCGACUCGGAUGGGUCAAAUUAAUCAGGCAGCAACUCCUCCUUCUACGGAGCAUAGUGAGACAGACACAACCGAUGUGACCUGGAAGACCGAUUCGACUCGGCCCAGUAAACCCCCUGACUCAGAGUCAUCGACUUUCUGGACUGCUUGUCCGUACUGUUACGUUCUCUACGAGUAUCCAAAGGUUUACGAGGAUUGCACACUGAGGUGUCAGGCUGAGAACUGCAGGAGAGCCUUCCAUGCGGUUGUGAUUCCGUCGCCGCCGCCUGUGGACGGAAAGGAAACGUAUUUGUGUACUAUGGGGUUUUUCCCAUUAGGAUUUUCGGGGAAUGGUGAGAACAUGGGCGGUAAUUUCCUCUGUUGGUCACCUGUUUCAACCAUGUUUGCUUGCCCUAACAACAAGAAUGCAGAAGGAGAGGAGGAAGAAGAAAGCCAAAGGGGAAGGAUCUGUGGUGAGAAACGCUAAGACGCAAAGGAGUGAGAGAGUGAACGGCAAUGGCAGAGGUGUAUCAAUGGUGCCGGAAGCCGAGCCGAGCGAAAGAAGGGUGGCAAAUAGUGGAUAUGUUGAGGGUCUUGAAGAAUUUUCGAGUAGCUUGCAUAUGCUCGCGGUUGGUGGGGGACGAUAAAAUCAGGGCUGCAUAGUGAAGUAAGAUCCUUGUUUUAUGUUGUCUCUUUUCUGCGACUAUUGUAGUUAAUGUAAUUGUAUGCUUGUGGAGCUGCUUGGGAUCUCGUUUCACAGUUGUUUCCAAGUUGAAUUCAACAGUGUAGAUCGUAGCAUCAUGUUUUGUCAUUGUUUUGAACGGGCUGUUUGAGAGGAUAGGGUAGAAAGUUGAAUACAUAAAACCAUAAGGCAUUUUUGGUUUGAAGAUUGCCUCCAUCUUCAUACUUGGCAAUCAAAAGAAAUAUAGGUGAUAAGCUUUCUCAUUGAUUCUCUUUCUCUUUCGAGUCAGAAUAAUCGUUAACUGUGAUAAUAAUGUAUUGCUUCUCCUCUUCCCUUUCUGCCUCUUUAUUGCUGCUUUGAUGUUGAAUAUAGUAUGUUCAAUUAUUUUUCUAAAA